AUGUCGCAUCCCAGGUCGAGGUCCCCAUCAGUCCCCUCUGAGGGUGAGAUCGUCGAAUCAGGCCCAGAGACGAAGGCAACUGCGUCAAAAUUUCCUCUUAAUGGCACCAGCGUUGACCGUCCCACCAGAGCUAGCCCAUCCUCUGCGCCCAGAUCUCCCGAUUCAUUGAAAGGCACUCGAUCCCCACUCCGGCGGAGGUCGUGGACCAGGUCCUUAUCGAGAUCCCGCUCUCGCUCCCCGUAUCGAGAGAAUAAACCCCAAAAACGCAGUCACGACGAUUUUCCCGAGUCCUAUGAUGGAGGUUACGACCGGCGACCCCGCCAGGAGCCUCCGCGACGUUACAGGUCCCGGUACGACGACAGACGCCGUGACAGGCCCGCUCCCAAUCGGCGCCCGAACUCAUACUACGACUACGAUCGCGAAGAGACUCAUGGAGAUGCCCUACGAUACAGUGAUGAUUAUGACCGACAUGACCGACACAAGGACAAGCGGCAACGCACUCGCAGCCGCACCCGCAGCCGAUCCCCUUACCGUGAAUCGAGAAAGCCCAAGCAGUAUUCAGGUGAUGAACAUGAUUCAAACAUGGUUAAUGCCAGGUCUUCAGCGGAUACAGGAAGGCGCUUGCCCACUGAACAGUUGGUGAGGGAACGAGGAAAGACCUUGGUCGUCUCUCCGGACUUGAAGCUUGGUGCUGAAAAACAAAAGAACCAGGUGCAGGCUUCUUCUAGUCAUCAAGCCCAUGUGGCCGAUGAAGAAAUAACCCCUAACCCGGAGAUUGCGCAAGAGCCGGAGCUCGCUGAGCCCAUUAACGAAGUCGAUGCCCUUGAAGCUCGCCGGAAGCGCCGUGAAGCGAUUCGGGCGAAACACCGAAGCCAAGCGACACCACUACAUCUCAAAGCACUGAACGUCGGCGAUGUUGAAACGGAUUCAUCUACGCCUGGCACUGAGCCAACUAGUGCAAAGGAAACAUCUGAUUCUCCACGCGCAUCUCCCUUCGAACAAGCCGGGGAAGCAUUCCCUGGUUUUAGUAUUGGAAAAGAUAUGGACGUGGUCAACGCCAAUGCAUCUCUUGUCGAUGCUGAUAAGGAUGGUCCCUCCGCUGCUGAUUAUGAUCCAACUCUUGACACGAAGGAAGAAAGACAAAAACAUGCCAAUGCACAGGAUCAAAAGAACGACGUUUCUUCUGCUGCAUACGAUGAGACCAAGGCUGGCAAGCAGGACAUUCUCCUCCCUGAUGCUCCUCCAGCCCCAGCCCCAGCGCCGAAGGCAGAGGUAUUUGAUAUGUUUGCAGACGACGACGACGACAUGUUCGCAGAGGAAGCGCCUGACCCCAAACCAGCUCAUGCUUCGGCCUUAAAGGUACCCCAGGGCAAAGAACUGGAUAUCAGCAUGAUGGACAACUGGGACGAUUCGGAAGGUUAUUACGCUGUUCGACUCGGAGAGCUGAUCAACGGACGAUACCAUAUCCACCAGAAUCUCGGCAAGGGAAUGUUCUCGUCUGUCGUUCGUGCAACUGACACCCAGACAGGGAGUCUGGUUGCUGUCAAGAUCAUUCGCCAGAACGCCAUCAUGCGCAAGGCUGGUAUGAAGGAGAUUGGCAUUCUAGAGCAACUCCAAGAAGCCGAUCCGGAGCACAAAAUGCACACCAUCAAGUUCGACCGAUACUUCGAUCACAAGGGUCACUUGUGUAUGGUGUUUGAGAAUCUUAGCAUGGACUUGCGAGAGGUACUGAAAAAGUUCGGUAGGGACGUUGGCUUGAACCUGCGCGCAGUUCGGGCCUACGGCCAACAGAUUUUCCUUGGGCUGUGUCUCCUCCGCAAGUGUAACAUCUUGCAUGCAGAUCUCAAACCGGAUAAUCUUCUUGUGAACGAGCAACGCAACAUUCUGAAAAUUUGCGACCUGGGUUCAGCGUCGCCGGCCUCUGAAAAUGAGAUUACGCCAUACCUCGUCAGUCGUUUCUACCGUGCCCCGGAAAUCAUCCUGGGUAUCCCUUACGACUACGCCAUCGAUGUCUGGUCCAUUGGCUGUACCCUCUUCGAAUUGUACACGGGCAAAAUCCUCUUCACUGGCCGAGACAACAACCAUAUGCUUCGGGCGAUCAUGGAGUGCCGGGGCAAGUACCCGCCGAAGCUUCUUCGCCGCGGAACCCUGACGUCUCAUCACUUUGAUGAAAAGCUCAAUUUCCACAGCGUGGAGCAAGAUAAGAUUACCGGCCGUUUCCACACCAAGAUUGUGGACUUUAAAAAACCGACGCGCGACUUGAAGACUCGCCUCAUGGGACAAGGAACACGCGGAAUGCCAGAUUCCGAGGUCAAAGAGCUGACAAUGUUCUUGGACUUACUUGACCGAUGUCUGAGUCUCAACGCUGAGAAGCGGAUCACCCCGGCUGAGGCGUUGAAGCACCCGUUCCUAGCGCCUAGGGUGUAA